UUCCUCUUCCCUCAUAGCAUUUGUAGUUGUAGCUUCUUCUCAUUCAUGGAUUGAGAGUUCGAGUUUUAGGUAGUGUCUGAGUCAAUGGCGUCGGACUCCCUCACAUCUUCAUCAUGGACCCCGAAGCAGAAUAAGACGUUCGAGAGGGCUCUGGCACAGUACGACAAGGACACGCCUGACAGAUGGCAGAAGAUUGCGAGGGCGGUCGGUGGGAAGUCUGCCGAGGAAGUGAAGAGACACUACGAGUUGCUCAUAGAGGACGUGAAGCAUAUCGAGCAAGGCAGAGUCCCAUUCCCGAACUACCGGUCCACCAACGCCAGUUCCAAUUAGCGCGCAAAUAAAAGCUGAUCAUUCGGUAUGGAGCCAAUGAUCAAUAUAUAACACAAUUACCGAGUGUAAUGUAUUGCAUUAUAAUUAGUAUGAACGUGGAGUUGGUGGAAGGAGAUAAGAGGGGUAAGAAGAAGGAGGAUUUGUGAGGAGGCAUUUAUGAAUUACGCGUACAACUUCAAAAGUUCUGUGUAGACGUUAUUAAUCUAUACUAAUUAUAAGCGCUGUUGCUGAUGCUUCCAA